AUGAGUACUUUUGAGUAAAACUUAAAUACUUUGCUAAAAUUAAAAUAAGAAGUUUUAGGUAUAAAAAUAAAUUAUUCAAGCGAGAUACAUAAUUAUCAUAAUUUACAUAUGAUGGAAGCAUAAUCGAAUCAGCUUAAAAAUGCUUAUGAUGAAAUUGAUUAUCUUAAACAAAAUACCUUUGAUAGUCAAUCUAAAUUUAAUGAUUUAACUAAAGAAUUAAAAACAUAUAACGAAUAACUCAAAAAAGAAAAUCUCUUUCUUGCGCAAGAAAAUAAUCAUUUAAAAAACUAGGUUUCUAGCUAUAUGAAUGGAUUAUCUAUCUUAAAUUAAUUAAUCAAAUUUGAAUACUAUUAAAGCUUUUCAUUUUAAUUUAAAAAAUAAAAAAUAUCAAAUUUAUAUCAAUAAGGUAGGAAGUAAAAACUUACUAAAUAUCAUCAAAUAUAUCAAAUCAAAUAUUUUUUGGGAUUUGUUGUUUGUAAUUUAAAAUAUUGUGAAAAAAUAAUUUUUUUUUCAUUUAUCACUUUGAAAGAAAGCCUAUCAUUAAUAAUUUAAAUAUAAACUAGUUUGAUCUAUUAAAAAAAAAACAUAAUUUAACCAAAGUUAAUAUAAAAUUUUUUAAUGCAGCCAAUAAAGAUAUUUACACUAAAAUUUCCAAAUUUUUAUUGUUAAAAUAUUAUUUUUUUUAAAAAAAAUAGUGAAUAAAAAGAUGUGGAAAUACACAAUAGGAUAAAAGAAAAAGAAUAAGAAAUAAAUAAAUAUAAAAGGGAGCUAGAAAAUUUAAAAUUGAUGCAUUCUUAAGAGUUGUAUAUCUUAAAAAAGAACCAAAAAAAAUGA